AUGAGUUCAGGCCAUCCAGGAAAGGAGGAAGAACGGGUGGAUGUAGAAGAAGUGGGUUCUGAGAAUUCAUCAGAAGGCCAUGAAGGUGAAGGUGGAAGCCAGACUGAAGAAGGUCAAGAAAACACCGGUCAAUCGGUUCGAUUUACUGAAGAUACGGAUUUUACCACUAAAAGUACAUAUACACGUAACAAGAAGGGAAGAAGUAGGAGAGGAGGCUCGUCGGAAGCUUACCAAGGGUCUAUCAAGACUUUGAAUUUCCUCAGUGGGUAUUCACGUAGAUAA